CUCGGAUAGCUGCGUCCCUUUUGAAAAAGCUUUUGUUGUGAGUUGACGAUCGCAGUUCAAAACAAAGAUUUUGUGACUUAACAUAUUUUAUUUAGACUUGAUCAACAUUCUAGAAAGAUGGGGAAGAAGCACAAGAAACAUAGGGCCGAAAAGAAACCUGUUGUAGAAGAAAAACCACAAGUUCCUAAAUUAGUUUUAAAAGUAAGCAGAGGUAUCACUACAAGGAAGAAAGAUGAAGUCGUUGUUGAAGCCCCUCCACCUCAAGUUGACAGUAGCCAUGAAGAAUCGCCAAGGGAUGUAUACAAGAAAAAGAGAAGACGGAAAAAAGAGGAAAAGCCAAUGGAAAUACCAGAAGAAAAGAAGCGAAAGGUAGAAGAGUCGUAUGUUGAGGAAGAUCAUGUUCAAGAGGAAUCCGAAGAACUUGAGGAACCAGUGGCACCAGCUGUAUCAAAUGAGGAAGAAGAAAUGGAAGGAGUCGAGCCACUUCCCUCAGAAGUAACAGAAGAGGAGGAAGAACCUCCUGCAAGGGAAGAUGAGGAGAACAUCGAUUGGAACUCAACACCAGCACGUCGUGCCUUCCUAAUGAAGUUUGUGGAGAAGAGAACGGCUCCGACGAGGCACUGUCGGGGGAAGGAGGAUCAGGAUCCCUCUGUGUCACCAUUGCAGAAGAUACUUGAUAGUCUGCAAAAAACUUUGCAAAGAAAAGACCAGAAUGAGUUCUUCAGUUGGCCUGUCAAUGAUGUCAUCGCUCCUGGUUAUUCAAGCAUCAUUGCCUACCCAAUGGACUUCAGUACGAUGCAUGUCAAAAUUGACAACAAUGAAUACGGAAGUAUUAAUGAGUACAAGGCUGAUUUUGUUUUGAUGUGCGAAAAUGCAAUGACCUACAACCGACCUGAAACGAUUUACUACAAAGCAGCUAAGAGACUUCUCAACGUCGGUAUCAAACUGAUGAAUAAAGAAAGAAUCUCGCACUUAAAGCGUACACACAACUAUGUAGAUGAAGUGGAGACAAAGCCAAGGUCUCGAGCCAAGCCAAAAGCCAAGCACUCUGAAGCCCUAGCAUCCGAUGCGGGGGUGUCUGCAGAAACACAGCCACAUGAGGGCAAGACGAAGGCUGGGGACAAGAAACAGGCUAGGGAUAAGGUGCCAUUAGGUCACUAUGACCCAAAUGGGGAAGGAUUUACAGAAAAUUUAGAGCCUCAUGAAGUUGUAAAAGAAGCCCUAGCAGCUGCAAAAGCAGCCAAAGACAGACUGACAGUCAGAAACCCACAUGGAAAGAUUGGUUUUUUGCGUAAAGAUGAGCACGGAACGACGACCCUUGGUGUGCUCAACCCAAGCACAGCAGUCAACACUGACCUUAAGGUCGCCAACUUAGGCCUGGUGGUUGGCAAGUUGACAAAUGGAUCAGGAUCUUUGCCAGGAUUCAAGGAGGAUAAACACAAUAAAAUUAACCCAGUGACCUAUCUAACCUAUGGACCAUUCAGCUCUUAUGCACCAUCAUAUGAUUCCAGUUUCUCAAACAUUAGUAAGGAGGAGUCUGACCUGCUGUAUUCAACAUAUGCAGAUGAAGCAGGAGUGCAGUAUUCAAAAAGUAUACAAGACUUUGUGAAAGAUGCAGGAAGCCAUGUAACUAAAUUUGUAGACAAUCUGCUUGAUACGUUGACAAAUGGAGAACAUUCAAAAACAAUGAAACAGCUGCGAGAUAAACGAAAGACAGAGAGCGAAAUGAAGGAACAAGCCAAUCUUGCAACAGCCACCGAAAAAGGUGAUACAUCAUCAAACAAAGAUAAGCAGAUUCCUGAGAAAGAAGAAGAAAAAAUUACUGAGAAGAAAAAUGAUGAUGAAACCUCGAAAGUCAAUGGUACUAAAGAGAAGGUUACCGACAUUCCUAAAGAUAUUCAAAGUGCUGUGGACGAAGAUGUGGAAAUUGAUUUUGAAGACUUAAGGAGCCUUUCCAAUAUCGGUAUUGACAUGUCCUUCCUCUCAGACAUUGAAAAAUCAUGGGAAGGAGAUAAGACAGGACAAAACAAAGACUUAAACAGCAAGUUGGACUCUACAGCGAACCUAAUAGAUAACUUAGAGAAGAAACAGAUUGAGAGGCUUAGCCGCAAGCCUCCGGCCCACCUGCAGUUUAUCGAAGGACCCUCCCAAGAAGAGAGCAAUAUUGCUGAGGAAAUAACACAACAGCUAAUGCAACUAACAUCAAACGCAAAACCUGCAGAUGUAGUCUCAACCCCAGCAGUUAGGAAAGCAAUGGGUAUAGAAGUCUCCUUACCAUCUCCAGGUGACUCCCCAAAACAGCUGGAUGCCUCAAACGACAUUGACAAAGAGUUGAUGGAUUUCUUGGACAGUCAACCGACAACAUCCAUUGGAGAAGAGAAUGAACAAGAACAUGAUAUUCUCAGCACGUCCUGAUGGAAAUAAUACCCUAUUAUAGGAUAUAAAUCAGGGUCAAACAACUAACCAAAUCCUUCAGGGUAUUUAGCAUUGGGAAUACCAUAUUUGGAAUUGCCCAACAAAAUUGAUGUACUUUUUUGAGAAUGUGCUAACAUUAUGUGCUCAAUUUAAUAGUGAGGUGCCUGUUUCCUCUCAAAUUUAUCAAUUUUACAAUCACUAAAUCACCAGGCCAUCAAUAAUACUAGGUUAUAUAUCUGUGAAAUAUCCAUUACAAUGAAAUAGUGUAAAAUGGCAUAUAUUUAAAAGCUUAAACAUUAUUUCAUACUGUCUAUGAUGUCUAAUUAUGUACCUCUUUAAGGAGUAGCAUUUGGCAUUUAAGAUUAUGUUUUAUAUGAUUGGGCUUGUGGUCAAUGGCUUAUCCUGCCUGUGCAUGUGUGUGUAAUAUACUGGACAAAGUAGUACAGUAAUGUUCUUCCGUGAUAAAUUAUUUGUAAAUUUUAAAUUUUUUGUCUAACAAAACAGUAAAAAAUAGUGCUGAAUAUCUUUACAUUGGUUAAGUUUUAAUCAACAUGUGGAUUUUAAAGUUUGAAUAAAAAAUUGAGUGCAAGGCUAAGCAUACAAUGUCAGACUUAAACCUGUUUCACAUGAGACUAAAAUGUUACUUAACAUCUUGACAUUUUCAAACCUUGCAACAGUGAAAUAAAAGCUCCCAUGUGAACAUGCACAUAGUUUCAUGCUAAAUAUCUUGGGAGUGUUUUACACUACUGGCUUGUGUGAUGUCUGUUUUUAUUUGAUCUUUACAUAAAUGUGCUGUCAUUCACAUGGAUGGAGAGAAUGUAGCAGGGAAAGCUUGCAACAUUUUGUCUUGUGUGAAUCGGGUGUAAAUAAAACACGUUUGAACUUCAAGCCGCAUGAUUUGUUUGGUCAAAUACUGUAAGUUUGAAAGAUUCAUAGACUUACAGAUGUUCAACUUACUGACCAUUCAAACAUACUGUAAUGAAUACAUGAUAACAGUGGCAUACUAAAAUGGGGGGGGGAGGCUGAUGGUGCUCGAAGUGUAAGUGCGAGGGCUUGACGAAAAGUGAAGGGGACCUAGCUGAUGAAAUACCGUAAAGGUGAUAUUAGGUGACUUUUAGCCUACAAAAUUUAGUGGGGAAAAUGGAGGUUGUGAGUGCCCUACACGCACACACACCCGCACCCCCACCCCCAAAUAUGCCACUGUAUGAGUAGUUGAGAGCUGAUUCAGCUGCUGGCUUGCGAUCAGUCUCAACUAAAACAAGUUUUAAUAUGUUGUUUCUGUAUAUACAUAAUUGUAUGCAGUGGCGACAUACAAUACAGCCUUAACAGACCUGUGCAUUUUGUUUGUAAAUAUUAAAAUAUCCCAAGGUA